GCGGGGCCGCUUGCCGGAGCCCGGCACAGUCGGGAACCCGGCGGGACGCGCGGCCGGAUGAGGGGCGCGAUGGAGCCGGAGCCGGAGGUGCUGCUGCAAGAAGCCCGCGAGAACGUGGAGGCGGCGCAGAGCUACCGGCGGGAGCUGGGCCAGCGGCUCCAGGGGCUGCGGGAGGCGCAGAGGCAGAUAAAGGAGAGUGCUUCGCAGACAAGAGAUGUCCUCAAACAACAUUUCAGUGAUUUAAAAGGAACCCUUGGAAAGCUGUUGGAUGAGCGAUUGGUGACUCUUUUGCAAGAGGUGGAUACUAUUGAGCAGGAGACCAUCAAACCGUUAGAUGACUGUCAGAAGCUCAUAGAGCAUGGAGUUAACACCGCAGAUGACCUGGUCCGAGAAGGUGAGAUCGCCAUUCUUGGUGGUAUAGAAGAACAGAAUGAUAAAUUGUGGAACUUUACCAAAAAGGCUGCACACAUUCAGUUGGACAGCUUACCAGAAGUGCCUUUGCUAGUUGAUGUGCCCUGUUUGUCGGCUCAGCUGGAUGAUUCCAUUCUCAACAUAGUGAAAGACCACAUUUUUAAGCAUGGAACAGUAGCUUCCCGCCCACCUGUGCAAAUUGAAGAAUUAAUAGAGAAACCUGGAGGCAUCAUAGUGCGAUGGUGUAAGGUGGAUGACGACUUUACAGCCCAAGAUUACAGGCUCCAGUUCCGUAAAUGUCCUGCAAAUCAUUUUGAAGACGUGUAUGUAGGUUGUGAAACUGAAUUCAUAGUGUUGCACAUAGACCCCAAUGUUGAUUAUCAAUUCAGAGUCUGCGCCCGAGGAGACGGCCGGCAGGAGUGGAGUCCUUGGAGUGUUCCCCAGACGGGUCACUCCACACUGGUGCCUCAUGAGUGGACACCCGGCUUUGAAGGGUACAGUCUGAGUAGUCGGAGGAAUAUAGCCCUGCGGAAUGAUGCUGAGUGCUCGGGCGUCCUCUACUCCAGCGCUCCAACCUACUUCUGUGGACAGACGCUAACCUUCAGAGUUGAGACUGUGGGACAGCCCGACAGAAGAGACAGCAUAGGAGUGUGUGCAGAAAAGCAGAAUGGUUACGACUCUCUGCAGCGGGAUCAAGCUGUGUGCAUCAGCACAAAUGGUGCGGUUUUUGUCAAUGGAAAAGAAAUGACUAAUCAGUUGCCUGCAGUUACCUCUGGAUCCACCGUCACAUUUGACAUUGAAGCUGUGACUCUCGGAACUGCUAACAGUGAAGGCGGAAACGUCAAGCUCCGAGUGACCAUCAGCUCCAGUAACAGGGAGGUGGUGUUUGACUGGCUGCUUGACCAGGCCUGUGGCUCUCUGUACUUCGGAUGCUCCUUUUUCUACCCGGGGUGGAAGGUGCUGGUGUUCUAGCAUCAGGAGGGUGCGGCUUUGGUGUGAGGGUUUGCCGUUUCUGUCCUCAGCCUAGUUUAGCUGUGUCUGACUUUAAAAAGGUGAACUUACCUCUGGGACCACCAGAAAUAGAGAGUGAGGCUGGAUGUGCAUUGUAAUAUUUCAGUAAGCGGCCUGUGGUGGUAGUGCAGGCCUUUAAUAGCAGCAUGGGGAGGCAGAGGCAGGUGGA